CUACCUGUGCUACGAGGUCGAGCAUCCCGAUCAAGGAUCCGGGAUUCCUCCGGGCCAGGACAAGGGCGUCCUGCGCAAUAAGAGUGCCCGGUACCCCAUGCUCUCCCGCCAUGCGGAGUCCUUCCUGCUAGAGCAGAUCCAGUCCUGGAAACUGAACCCGGAACACCAGUACCGGGUCACCUGCUUUCUCUCCUGGAGCCCCUGUGCUGAUUGUGCCCAGCGUAUGGCUGAGUUUCUGGGGGACAAUAGCCACGUGAGCCUGAACCUCUAUGCCUCCCGCAUCUACAGCCUGGGACAGUAUGAGCAGGGGCUGCGCACCCUGAAGAGGGCUGGGGCCAGCAUCACCAUCAUGACCGCCAGGGAGUUUGAGCACUGCUGGGACACCUUCGUGCUCCACCAGGGAAGAAGCUUCCAGCCCUGGGAGGGUCUGGACAAGGAGAGUCAGAAAUUCUCUGAGACCCUGCAUCGCAUUCUCCAGGCCAAAGCAGGAAGGAGGUGGGGCAUCCCCAGCAGUGGCCUGGGAGGUAUCAGUUCUGGGAGCUUUCCUAAAGCAAGGCUGGUGAGAGGAAUGGACCCCUGGCACCACGACCCAAGAGACCCGCUGGAGAAGAUAAGUCCUGGAACCUUCCUCUUCCACUUCCCAAGCCUGUGCUAUGCUUCAGGGCGGAAACUCUGCUACCUCUGUUUCCACGUGGAAGGAGAGGGGGAGGAGGACUCCUGGUAUGACCUGGGCGUCUUUCAGAACGAGGUCUAUCCCCAGGCUCCCUGCCACGCAGAAGCCUGCUUCCUCUCUUGGUUCCGUGACCAGAAUCUGCCCCCUGAAGAGCAUUACCGUGUCACCUGGUUCUUAUCGUGGAGCCCCUGCCCCACCUGCGCAGAGGAUGUGAUUGAGUUCCUGGAGGAAUACAGGAACGUCACGCUGAGCAUCUAUACCGCCCGCCUCUACUACUUCUGGGACCCAGAUUUCCAGGACGGGCUCCACAAGCUGUGGUGUGCAGGGGUCCAUCUGGACAUCAUGUCCUUUGAAGAUUAUGAAUACUGUUGGGAAACCUUUGUGGACCACAAGGGGAUGCGCUUCCAGAGUUGGGAUCUAUUAAGAGAUAAUGAUUUGCUGGCCGAAGAGCUUGAGGAUAUUCUUGGGUGCUUGCUCACCGCGUGGGCUAACUGGCUACUUUCGCUUCUGUUUGAAUGCUUGCUUAAUGGCGCGUGGCGGCUCCCAACACCAAUCAGAAGCACAAUGAAUCCACUACGACGAGAAAUAUUCUACCAUCAGUUUGGCAACCAGCCCCGGGCCCCGAGGCCCUUCCACCGGAGGAAGACCUACCUGUGCUACCAGCUGAAACCACAUGAGGGCCACAUAAAGCGCCUUCAAAACAAGAAAAAGCGCCAUGCAGAAAUCCGGUUUAUUGACCAUAUCAGGGCACUGCAGCUGGACCGGUCCCAGAGAUUUGAAAUCACCUGCUACCUGACAUGGAGCCCCUGCCCCAGCUGUGCGAAGGAACUGGCUGUGUUUGUCCAAGACCAUCCCCACAUCCGCCUGCGGCUCUUUGCCUCCCGCCUGUAUUUCCACUGGCGCUGGAAGCAUCAGGAGGGGCUGAGGCUUCUGCAUAGAUCCGGGAUCUCCGUGGCCGUCAUGAGACUCCAGGAGUUUGAGGACUGUUGGAGCAAUUUUGUGGACCACCAGGGCGAGCCUUUCCAGCCCUGGCACAAGCUGGAACAGUACAGUGAAAGCAUAACUCGUCGGCUUCGGAGGAUCCUUGAGCACCCCCAGAAUAAUUUAGAGACUAACUUCAGAAAUUUGCACAUUUGAGAACCAUCAAUCCCCUGAGUUCCUGGAGCAACUCAGUGCUUCACAAACUGCUGAUUUUAGCAGCAACUUGUGAGUUCCACGGGCACACCUGAGCCUCCCCCGAGUCCGAGUCCGGAAAACCUUCCUUUCCUCCUUCGUUCUUUUGUUUGUUUGUUUGUUUCUUCUUCUUUUUUUUUUUAAUAAGUGGGUAUGUAUUUUUAUAACUGAAAAAAUAAACGUAAUUUUUAAGUCCAUAAAA